UGGAGCGCGGCCGCCGCUGUCAGUGCCGGGCCCGGGGCGCAGUCAAUGGCGGCCGAGGGAGGCGGAGCGGUGGCCACGCGCAGCCCCGAGCUCCCGAAACUUUAGACUUCCGAAGCCCCACAAGUUCGCGGGCGGGGCGUGGGGGGGCGUGGGCGGAAGGGGAAGCCGAGGCGGGAAGCCCGAGGGACGCGGCCGAGCCGAGCCCCGCGGCCGCCGCCUCCUUACCCACGCCGAGCCCGCGGCCGCGCGCCGCCGAGCGCCGCCCGCCGCGCCAGGGCCACGCGAGCUCGCGGCCCCCCGCGAGGAGGCCGUGCCCGCGCGCACGAGUCCACCGCCGGCCGCCCCGAGUUGCGGGGCCGGCGCCCCGGUGGUGCAUGCGGGGCGGGGCGGUCGCCGGGCCGAGGCGAAGAUGGAAGGCUUGACGCUGAGCGACGCCGAGCAGAAAUACUACUCGGAUCUCUUCUCCUACUGCGACAUCGAGAGCACCAAGAAGGUGGUGGUCAACGGGCGGGUGCUCGAGCUGUUCCGGGCCGCGCAGCUGCCCAACGACGUGGUCCUCCAGAUCAUGGAGCUUUGUGGCGCAACAAGGCUUGGUUACUUUGGAAGAAGUCAGUUCUACAUUGCUUUGAAACUUGUAGCUGUUGCCCAGUCUGGUUUCCCAUUAAGAGUGGAAAGUAUAAACACAGUAAAAGAUCUUCCUCUUCCACGAUUUGUGGCUUCAAAGAAUGAACAAGAAUCUCGCCACGCAGUCUCCUACUCUUCGGACUCUGAAAGCCAGGGCUCUUACUCUGGUGUGAUUCCUCCUCCUCCUGGCAGGGGACAAGUUAAGAAGGGGCCUGGAAGCCAUGAUGCGGUUCAGCCUCGUCCAUCUGCAGAUCAGCAGGAACCUGCAUCUCCAGUAGUUUCACCCCAGCAAUCCCCACCAACUUCUCCACACACUUGGAGGAAACAUAACCGUCAUCCCAGUGGGGGAAAUAGUGAGAGACCUCUCACAGGACCUGGGCCGUUCUGGUCACCUUUUGGUGACGCACAACCAGGCUCUUCUGCUGGUGAUGCGGUGUGGUCUGGGCAUUCCCCCCCUCCACCUCAAGAAAACUGGGUCAGUUUUGCAGAUACUCCACCAACCAGUACUCUUUUAACCAUGCAUCCUGCUUCUGUCCAGGACCAGACAACAGUACGAACUGUAGCCUCAGCUACUACUGCCAAUGAGAUUCGUAGGCAAUCCAGUAGUUGUGACGACCCCUGGAAAAUAACAGACGAACAGAGACAGUAUUAUGUAAAUCAGUUUACAACCAUUCAGCCUGAUCUGAACGGAUUUAUUCCAGGAUCUGCAGCUAAAGAAUUUUUUACAAAAUCAAAACUUCCUAUUCUUGAACUUUCUCAUAUUUGGGAACUCUCAGACUUCGAUAAAGAUGGCGCCUUGACACUGGAUGAGUUUUGUGCUGCUUUUCAUCUGGUGGUUGCUAGGAAGAAUGGCUAUGACUUACCAGAAAAACUCCCUGAAAGCCUGAUGCCCAAGCUGAUUGAUUUGGAAGAUUCAGCAGAUGUUGGGGACCAGCCGGGUGAGGUAGGUUAUUCAGGCUCUCCUGCAGAAGCACCUCCAAGCAAGUCACCAUCGAUGCCAUCGCUGAACCAGACUUGGCCUGAGCUGAAUCAGAGCAGUGAGCAGUGGGAGACAUUUAGUGAACGCUCUUCAAGCUCACAAACUCUGACCCAAUUUGAUUCUAACAUUGCACCAGCUGAUCCUGACACUGCUAUUGUCCAUCCAGUUCCCAUUCGCAUGACUCCAAGCAAAAUCCACAUGCAGGAGAUGGAACUGAAAAGAACGAGCAGUGAUCACACUAAUCCCACAAGUCCAUUACUUGUAAAAACAUCUGACCUUUCGGAAGAAAGUAAAAUCAAUUCAUCAGUAAAGUUUCCUUCUGGAAAUACUGUAGCAGAUGGGUACAGUAGUUCAGACUCUUUCCCUUCUGACCCGGAGCAGAUUGGAAGCAAUGUAACUCGUCAAAGGUCUCAUUCAGGAGCAUCACCUGAUAACACUGCGCCACCACCUCCCCCUCCAAGGCCACAGCCCUCUCAUUCUAGAUCAUCAUCCCUAGAUAUGAAUCGGACCUUUGCAGUUACCACAGGUCAGCAACAGGCUGGAGUUGUUGCCCACCCUCCUGCAGUGCCUCCAAGACCUCAGCCCUCACAGGCGCCUGGUCCCUCAGUGCACCGCCCAGUGGACGCCGAUGGUCUAAUAACUCACACUAGUACCUCACCUCAGCAGAUACCAGAACAACCAAAUUUUGCAGAUUUCAGCCAAUUUGAAGUAUUUGCUGCAUCAAAUGUAACUGAAGAACAAGACAAUGAAGCCGAGAAACAUCCUGAGGUCUUGCCAGCUGAAAAAGCUUCUGACCCCGCAGGCUCUCUUCGGGUUGCCCAAACAGAUGGUAAAAUUGAAGAAAAGACAGCUGCUAGUGUUCCUGCCAAUGUGAGCAAAGGCACAACACCUCUGGCUCCACCACCUAAGCCUGUUCGGAGAAGAUUAAAGUCAGAAGAUGAGUUGCGGCCAGAUGUGGAUGAGCACACACAGAAGACAGGUGUCUUAGCUGCUGUCCUCGCCCCACAGCCUUCCGUUCCCAGAUCUGUGGGGAAAGAUAAAAAGGCUAUCCAGGCAUCAAUUAGACGCAAUAAGGAAACCAACACCGUUCUGGCCAGAUUGAAUAGUGAAUUGCAGCAGCAAUUAAAGGAUGUUCUGGAGGAGAGAAUUUCCCUGGAAGUUCAACUGGAACAACUUCGACCGUUCUCUCACCUAUAAGCCAAUUGCCGUUAACUGUGAACAUGCCUAUUUGGAAGCAGUUUUGGGUUCAGAGCCUAUUUGGAAACCCAAACAUUCAGCUCACUGCUUAAUUGAACAUUAAAUUUUAUGAUUCUGUUUUGCCCUAUAUGUUCACCAUUGUAUUUAAGUAUCUUUUAUUUUUUAAUUUCAACAAUAAAAGGGUUAGGAGGACUUUUUCUGGAGGAUA